UAGAGAAAAUGUGGGAGGACAGAAGGAAAAAAAAAAUCUAGUUAACUGAGUCAGCAGCGACGGGUCUCGUCUGCCGCUGCUCCCCCUCAACUUCCGCGGCUCGACAUCAGCGCCGUUCACCGUAAACUCAUCACGCCUGUAGCGCUCAGCCAUGAGCUCGACUGGCUUUAAGUUCCAGUGAGAAACAUCCGUGGAAGCAGACACGAAGCGCAGCACAGCAGAGAGAAAAGCAAAGUUCCUGUGUCGUUGAGCUUCAUGUCUGUCCGAGUCUCAGCCAUGAGCGUCCUUCCUCCUGUUCGACGGGACCGUAUCGUCGCUCAGCUCCCUCAGUACUUCAGGAAAGAAGCAGCCCUGCACACUAAGGAGGACUUCAACAAUAAAGUGAGGACUGCCUGCCAGGAGCAUCGCACCGGCACUGUGGGCAGAUUCAAAAUCUCUAAGGUCAUCGUUGUGGGCGACCUGGCGGUGGGCAAAACCUGUCUGAUUAAUAGAUUUUGCAAAGAUGCUUUUGAUAAGAACUACAAGGCCACGAUUGGUGUCGACUUUGAGAUGGAGCGGUUCGAGGUGCUGGGUGUUCCCUUCAGCCUACAGCUGUGGGACACUGCAGGACAAGAGAGGUUCAAGUGCAUUGCGUCCACAUACUACAGAGGAGCCCAGGUUGUGAUUAUCGUGUUUGACGUUAAUGAUGUUGCCUCUUUGGGCCAUGUGAGGCAGUGGCUCGAAGAUGCCUUGAGAGAGAACGACCCCACUGCUGUUCAGCUGUUCCUUGUUGGCACAAAGAAAGACCUCAGCUCUCCUGCUCAGUAUUCUCAGAUUGAACAAGAUGCCCUGAAAUUAGCUCAAGAGAUUAAAGCGGAGUAUUGGGCCGUGUCGUCACUGACAGGGGAAAACGUAAAAGAGUUUUUCUUUCGAGUUGCAUCGUUGGCAUUUGAGACCAACGUUCUUGCCGAGUUGGAGAAAAGUGGAUCGAGGCAAAUCGGGGACGUUGUCAGAAUUAACAGCACUUCAAACGAUCUGUAUGCUUCAUCAAAGAAGAAACAGGCGAACUGCUGUCAGUAAGGAUGAGAGCAGGGGUUGAAAAGUCAAAGGUGCAGACUGAAAAUGAGGAUUUUGUCCCUCGGUGGAAAAAGACUGGCUGCUCUCCGGCUCAUGGGAGGGAUUUUCUGUGGUCAGAGCAGGAGGAGGAGGAGGAGACACGCUGGAGUUCAGUUUUUCCUGGCCUAGAGAGGGUUUUGCUCAGUGCAAUGUGGAUUCUUGUGGUGUUGCUCAGAUUGAGUUUCAGGGUGACACAGCAAUUGCACAAAUACGACUGCUCUGGUUCUUCAGAGAUGCCAAAGAGUGACUGGAUUUUUUAACACGAUGCGUGUGUGGAUGCUUACCUUACGUAGGGCUUGAGUCAGAUAUUCUGUCUUGCUGCUGUAGCUUCUCUAACAAUUAAGAUUUUUCUUCACAAUAGUAUUCUCUAGUACUUCAGUAUACUGUUUUAAAUGACUGUUUUACUCUUUUCAUAAUAUUGUAGACAAGAGGGUCCUAACAUUUCUGUAAGAAAGACUGUGCAGUAAAUCACAA